AUGGGUUCAAUGCUAUCAAAGAAAUCGUCUGACAAAGGUGAAUCCGGGUCGGCGAUGCCACCGGUAAAGGUGAAGCAAGCAGGUGGUGCGAAGGCACAAGCUGCGGGGGCGCCAGCAGAGCCCCAAGUACCUGCCAACAAAGCGGAAGGGCUGCAUCCUCCACGGUUGAUGGACGAGGCGGAAGUGCAGCGCCUAAUCAAGGAGGAGAAGCGGGUCCUGCUGCUUCUCCACGGUGGCGUAUACGACGUCACGGACUUCGUCCCCUCGCAUCCCGGUGGCUCAGUGCCAAUUCUCUCACGAGUCGGGACAGACGCAGGUGAUGUGUUUAACAGCCUGCACAGCAAGACGACGAAAAAAUCGGUGGGCAAAUUUCUCGUGGGGUAUCUGCCCUCUGCGGAAUCGCGCUUCACCACCGAAGCUGCCAAGGAAGAGGAAGAGUCCAUCACGCCUCCAGACUACAAGGAAGCUACGGUGCUCGACGUCGAAGAGGAGUCAGACGAGGUGAAGAUCGUCAGACUUGCGUGCCCCGAACCUCUGCGGCUUCUGCCGGGCGGGCACGUGGGGGUGCUGGUCCCGGCGGAGUUUAACAAGGGUAACGAGAAGGAGAACCACUACACCCCCUUCGUCUCGACGGAAACCGACUUCACGCUUGCGGUGAAGAAAUAUCCGAACGGCGCGGGCUCCGUCUACAUCCACUCGCUCACGUGCGGCCAGAAGGUACGGUUCCGCGGCCCUAUUAUCCCCCUCUGGGUGCUGGAUGAAGACAAGCAUCUGCAGGAGGAAGCGGAGGAUGCGAAGCACGUGCUGCUCGUUGCUGGCGGCGUCGGCUUGACCCCCCUGUUUGCGAUGGCAGCAUACCUGCUCAGCAAGCAGAAGGCCGCGGUGACGCUGGUGGGGUGCUACCAGGACCCAGAACAUAUCGUGCUGCGCAAGCAGGUGGCGGCGCUCGUCGCGGACUACUCUGCCGAGCGGGCAGCAAAUGACGGCGGGGCUCCGUGCAAGUCGCUGCAGGUGCACUACGUCUUCAGCAGGACGAAGGAGACACCGGAGGUGGCCGAGGCAAACAAGGUGCACUUGGGCCGGUUCGGCCCAAGUGUGCUGAAGUGCCUGACGCGCGCGUCGUGUGCUGUUGUCUGCGGCCCACCUCCCUUCACAAACAGCACGGUGCAGACGCUCGUUGACAGCGGCCUCUGCGCAGAUGGUCAUGUGCACGUGGUGUAG